GCGAAGUCUUGGUUGAAGCGUUGGCGUCGAGCGCUGCCAGCAUGAUCGUGAAAUUUCGCAUCGUCGUUAGCCUAGCGGUGACUCUCUGGGCUGUUGGGGAGGCCCGGGCUGCGCCUACCUUCGAACAGUGUGGUCGGCCGGCCAUCGAUCCUCUAGUGCAAGACGAAGACAGGAUCCUAGGUGGCACAGAAGCGGCUCCCGGAAGCUGGCCCUGGCAGGCCGGCUUUCAGCUGCACCACAACCUACCACUCGAGCGCCACUUCUGCGCAGGCGCUCUGAUUGACAGACGCCACGUCAUCACUGCAUCGCACUGCGUUCGGUAUUUCCCAUCAGUGGUCCAUCCCUUGAUUCGGGUGCACCUCGGAUCUCACCAAAGGGAAGCCACCGACACAACAGAAGAGGUGUUUGCUAUAGAGCACAUCUGUGAGCACAGGGCUUCCUACAAGACAUAUAAUGACAUUGCCAUCAUCAAGCUCGAGAAAGACGUUCCCUUGAGCCAGUUCAUCCAACCAGUCUGCCUGCCAGAAUACUCCAUCAACGACACCUUGCCCGAAAACACCGAGUUGUACGCUACAGGCUGGGGCAGGACUGAUCGAGACAAGGAGGAUGUCCUGGCCCAAGUCCUGCGGCAGCUAGAGACGCGGACCUUGAGCGCUGAAGAUUGCCAGAAGAGGCUCACGGUCAAGCUGCUUGACACCUUAAUCUGCACUGAACACGUGGUCGGCUCCACAUGCCACGGUGACAGCGGAGGGCCCCUGGUACGUCGAGACGAGAACGGUACGUGGUUCCUAGAAGGCGUCAUCUCGGGCGGCCCGCGAGUGUGCGGUGACACCAAAACGCCCAUGCGUGCGACGCGGGUGUCCCGCUUUGUGCGCUGGAUCGAAGAGUACCGCCGUCGCGGCGCCGAGGGCACGCUCGAAGACUUCUGCAAGCCUACGGACGUCAAAAAAUCUGCGGAACCUUCCGCGUGAGACCUGCCACCUUCGCAAGUAUGAAUAAAGCGCGCUUUUUCCU